GUCGGAGUAAUGCAAAGCGCUGUGCUGUGCGUUAAGGUGGCUAUAGGAACUUUAUGUUUUUUUUUCUUUGAGAGUAUAUGUGCAGAGAGCGUGUGGGUGGGUGUUGUUAAUCUGUUACUGUAACCGACGCGCCAAGCAUAGGAUCCAAUAGGCACCUCUGUGGCAGUGUAGAUACGCUCGCGGCAUACUGAACACCUGCACAUGGACAAUAGUGAACACGACUCCCAGUUUAUCUGUGGCAACUGCGCUCAUCCUUACAACUGAGAACCGAGAGGACGGCAGUAAUGAGCUCCUCACUUCCAAAGAGCGAAUCUGCGACCUCUCUGCUUAAAUCUUCGGCGGCGAGCCGUAGGUCUGCACACCACCCAGAAAACGCUGCAAGCAGCCGCCGCAGCCACCCCCACCCAGCCGCUCACAGAGGGGGCAGCAGCGCCGAGGAUACUUGCUGGCCGGAUGAGUGUGAGGCUAGCGCCCGGAGACCCCUGUGUCACCCCAGACACACUAGCAGCAGGAACGGGGGUGACAGACGAGGGAGCAAGGGCCAGUCGCACCGGGCACACGCCCCCCUUCCCCACGGAUAUAGCCAGGAAGAAUUAUUAGAGCGACAAGGGGUCGGCCGGGAUGAAGGAACGCGCAAUAAACCGUCUAGACAUCCACACCCGCACCACAAAUCCACAAGACGUGAUCUGCCUCCCGUCCAGCACAGCAACCCCCGUCCUGCGCGGGUGCCCUCUCCGACACCCUCAUUCUCCAAGCCCAACGACGAAGCAGCGCUCUUCUUUGAAUCCAAGGACCGGACAAGGACCGGCUCGUCCCUCAGUCUGGUCUCCGAUCCCCCUGCAUCAUCUUCGCCGCUACCCGCCACCUCCAGCCGCUCGUCCGCCGGCUAUGGGAGAUCCAAAAGGGCUUCCGCAGAGUUCGAUUCCAGCCUUCACCCCAUCGUGAAGUCAGUCUUUGGGCAGGACAGAGAGCUGCGACCAGAAGAGAUGGAUGAGUUGAGGGAGGCCUUUAAAGAGUUUGAUAAGGACAAAGACGGCUUUAUCGGCUGCAAGGAUCUAGGGAACUGCAUGAGAACCAUGGGCUACAUGCCCACAGAGAUGGAACUGAUAGAACUGAGCCAGCAGAUCAACAUGAACUUGGGGGGUCAUGUGGAUUUUGAAGAUUUCGUAGAGCUGAUGGGACCAAAACUGCUUGCUGAAACUGCGGAUAUGAUUGGUGUUAAGGAGCUGAGGGAUGCCUUCAAAGAGUUUGACACUAAUGGAGAUGGAGAGAUCAGCACAGCUGAGCUCAGAGAGGCCAUGAAGAAGCUGUUAGGACAACAGGUUGGUCACAGGGACCUGGAGGACAUUCUGAGGGACAUCGACCUAAACGGUGACGGACACGUCGAUUUUGAGGAAUUUGUGCGAAUGAUGUCACGCUGAAAGGGAGGGAAAUGGACUGCAAAUGAGGAUUUGCACUGGACAAGAGCCACUGGCCCUGCCCCUUUCAAGGAGAGGAAGGAAGAUAGGGGCAGUGAGAAAGAAAGAGAGAGACAGACAGACAAAGAGAGAGAGCUAUGCACUGAGCCCUCUUUCCUUGAUUAAGCUGGAAUUUAACCCCUAACCUCCGGAGUGAAGAGGAACUGCCUCCACAGUCAUCAUCUCAUCCAUUAUUUAUUUAUUUACUUACUUACUUACUUAUUUACUUACUUAUUUAUCCAUCCAUCCAUGCAUCUGUCCUGGAAAUCUUAUGGACUUUUUAUCUUUAAAGCACUUUUGCUGCUGGGUUCUGCUGGAGCAAUAGGAAGGGGGGG